AUGGAGACCCCACAGCGGCCUGGUGCAGAGAUUACACCGGGCUCUGCGCGCGAGCGAGAGACCUUCACAACGAAGGAAGGUAUGUUCUUAUUUCUUAUGGCACAGGUUGGCUUUGUGGGUGGCUGCACAUUGAUGUAUUAUGGCCUGCGCCGCGUUAAGCAGCGUCCGGGGCCGCUUGGAUCCGCGCUGUUCACCUUCUUUGGCGGUUUUGCAGCCUCGCUCUUUGCGAUCCCAUUUGGGAUUGCCAUGAGCCGUAACGAGCUGCGCUCGGUCGAAGACCCUCAGCACUUGGCGCGUGCAUUGCAUGAUGCACUGGAUCAGCGUAAGACGCCCUCCAAAAUCCUGCAGUCCGCUUCCGACUCGCCGGCCCCCCCGCGCGACCCGGUGGAAGCGCCUGCAGCGACCUCCGACUGGUCGACGAUGGACGUGCCUGCGGAUGGCGGACAGCCUAGCACGGAGAACAAGCCUUGUUCACGAUGGGAGGAGCUCCGUCGUGAUCGGACGUCUUCGUCUAGUGUGUGGGAACAGAUCCGCCAGGACAAUGCAAGGAAUGCUUUGCCGGAAGAGAACCGAAGCAGUGCUUGGAGCAGGGCGGCCAGCUCGCCUCCUACACAGAACCAGAGCCUUUCAGAUUACGACAAGGCUGUGAAAGAAUACGAAGCAGCCAUGGAGCGCGAACGUCAGGGCGUGGACGUAACGACGGGCUUUCGCGAGACUGAGAAGGUA